UUUUGUAUUCUGAAAAUAGUUUUCAAUUUCAAAAUUUUUCUAGGAUUUUUGUUGAAAAAAGUUGAAAAAAUAGAGGUGCCUAACAAAAUUAAUACGGUUUUUACAAAAAUAUAAUUUUCAUACUCGUGCAAUUUUUAAUAAUUUAAUCUAUAAAUAAAUAUUAAUUUUUUUUAAUUUUCUAUAAAUUUUGUUUUGAUCAUUAAUUAUUAUUUUUUACUAGCAAUCAAUAAAUAUUUUUUAUAAUUUUCAAAAACAUGGAACUCACAUUAUUGCCUUAUAUUGACUAAUAUUUAAUUUCAAAAAAAAUUUUAUAAAAAGAAAACGAAAUGCUUGACUGGUUAACUGGACACAGCAAACCAUUACGCGUCAAGGUGUCUACAAUGGAAGCUGAUUUGAAUGCUAUUAGUAUGGACAGAGAUGCUUUAGGACAAGAUUUAUUUGACACAGUCUGUAAAAUUAUUGGACUACGAGAAGUUUGGUAUUUUGGACUUUGCUUUACAAAUAGGAAAGGUUAUACUUAUCAUUCUAUGCCUAAACAAUCAGAUGGUUCAUUGCAUUUCCUUUUUCUUGUUAAGUUUUUUCCAGAGUCUGUAAAGACUGAAUUGAUUCAAGAUUUGACAAGGCAUCUUUUCUUCCUUCAAAUCCGCCAAUCAAUUCUUUCAAUGGAUCUUUAUUGCCCUUCUGAAGCGGCAAUUUUGUUGGCAUCAUAUGCAGUACAAGCAAUGUAUGGUGAUUACCAAAACGAUGAAAAUAUUGAGUUGGACUUGACCAAAUUAAUUCCUCCUUCAGUUAUUCAACAAUAUGAUAUGAGUGCGGAUAUGUGGCACGAGAAAAUUGGCAAUUGGUGGGCUAACAACAGCGGACUUAGUCGUGAGGACGCCGAAGAGGAGUUUUUAUGUAUUGCUGAGGAAUUGGAUAUGUAUGGGACUUCAUUUUACAAAAUUCUGAAUCAACGCGGUACCGAAUUGCUGUUAGGCGUAUCUGCGCAAGGAUUGGGAAUAUACGAACCAGAUAAUAAACUUUCUCCUCGGCCAUUCUUCCCUUGGACAGAAAUAAAAUGCAUUUCUUUUAAAAACAAAAUGUUCACAAUUUGUACAGCAGACAAAAGCAAAAUUCGGUUCAGAGCUGAGGAUAUGAGCAUAAAUCAAUCACUUUUGGAUUUGUGUGUAGGAACACAUAAUUUAUAUCUUAGACGACGACAGCCAGAUUUACUUGAAGUUCAACAAAUGAGGAUUCAAGCACAAGAAUUAGCCGAACAGACUCGUCUUCAACGAGAGCGUGAACAAAGGGUUCAGGCAGAAUCAGAAAGGGAUAAGUUGAGAACAGAAUUGGGACAUUUGGCAGAACAAUUAAAUACGAUGCAGAUUGUAAUGAAGAAUGCAGAAGAAAGUCAUCAAUUAAUAGCAGAACGUGCAAGAAUUUCAGAACAAGAAGUUUUUGAAAUGACAAGGCGUGCAAAUGAUGCUGAAGCAGAAAUGCAAAGAAUUAGACAUUCACAAUUACGCGCAGAAGAAAGAAAAUUGGCUUUAGAAAGAAAAUAUAAGGAUGCUGAAUUACUUGCUAAUCGAUUGAUUCAACAGCAACAACAAUUUAAUAAUAAUAACAGCAACAGCACUUUAACCGUUAUUAUUUUUAAGCCUCCGCCAUAUCAUGAACAACUACGCCGAUCCAAUCCUUGUAGCAACAAUUCUGUUAAACAUAUAGCUACAAAUUCUUCAUCAUUGGAAGAAGAAACAACAGUUGAAACUGAUGAAGGUGUUGAUGAAGGAAAUAUAAUUGAACAUUUACAACAACAACAAUUUCCUUUAAUUAAUGGAAUAAAUGGAGGAGGAGGAAAUGCUUUAUUACUUCCACCACAACCCCCACCACCACUCCCGUCAACAAAUCCUCCUUCAACACAAAAUAACAACAAAUUAUUUACAAAAAUGUCUUUAUCGUCACAACAAAGAAAACACCAACAGAAACAAAAUGUUGAAGAUUUUAAUGGAAUUAACAACAAUAAUAAUGGGAAUGGAGGUGUUUUUGCUUCUUUAAUAGCUACAGAACAACAGAGACAAACAAUUAGUAAUGAACUUCAACAUAUAAUAGCUUCUACAUAUGCAGAAUUAGAGCAAUCAAGAGGUGACUGGCAAGCAAAGGACCAUUCAUUACGUGAAAAACUUGCAGAUUUUCGUUUGGAAUUAGAAGCUCUUAAAAAAGAAGGUAUGGAAACUGAGCAAGAUAAAUUAUUUGCACAAAAAGUUGCAGCAACGGGGUGUUUUGAUAAACAUUCAACUUUGAGAAAGAGUGGUUUUGGAUCGUCUAAAUCAAAAGCAAAAAUGUUUGAUGAAAUGACUCAUUCUAAAUUAACAUCAAAUACAACAUCUACUACAAAAACAGCUAUACAACCUUAAAAAUGCAGGAGUAUAUUUUUGCCUUAGUUAAAUUUUAUAAAAGUGAUUUUUAAAAUUUUUUUAGCAUAAUCUUUCAAAACACAAAAUUAAUCUUUUAUUUGUGCCUUCUUUUCAGUUUAUUCUUUUGCUCAUGUUUUGUAUCUUUUUUAAUUAGUCAAACAUCCAAAAAGGGGAUUUUUAUUUCUUCAAAAAUUUAAAAUUACUAGAUCCCUUUAAUUAUUCACUAGAGAUCGGGACCUUGAUUUUUACUGGAUUCGGAGUCAAAAUCGAGGCAUUUUUCAGAUUUCCUUGAUUUUUUCUUGACUCUAAAUCAGGAAUCUGAUCAAGAUUUUUUUAAAUCUCUAUCUCUAUUAUCUUCUACUUAACUUUUUCUCUCUCUCUUCCCCUCAAGUUUUUUCUUGCCAUUUUU